UGGCACCUGCGGUAAAAAGAGGACUUCUAACCUGCCUUCGUGCUGACUCAGGCUGAAGAAGUGACAUUAUGUCUUAGAAUACGAAUAAUUGGCAUAGUGCACCGGAUAGAAACGCGCGUGUAUUAUAUGUAAUUAUGUCUGCAUGUGAUAUACGAAGAUGAAUCUACUGUCGGUCGUUUUUGGGGUCCUCUGCUUCCUGGACGUGUUUAGGUCCUCCUACGCGUGGGACAACGACGAGCUAGAGGUGUUUGACGUGGUCGAGGAGGUCAAUCAAAAUUUCUACGAUGUGCUGGGCGUUACGCAGUCUGCAAAUGCUUCGGAGAUCAAGAAGGCUUUCAGACGCCUGUCGUUGCAACUACAUCCAGACAAAAACCCAGCGGAAGAUGCAGAGCUGCAGUUCAGGAAGUUAGUCGCUGUUUAUGACAUUUUGAAAGAUCCUGGAAAGCGGCAAAAAUAUGAUAAUGUACUUGUUAAUGGACUGCCCAAUUGGCGAUCUGCGGUGUAUUAUUAUCGCCGUGUCAGAAAAAUGGGAUUAUUGGAGAUGAGUCUUAUUUUAUUCACAGUUAUCACGAUAGGGCAAUAUCUCGUAGCUUGGGCGUCAUAUUUUGAAAAACGGUACACUUGUGAACAAGUUUUAGGUAGUAAACUUCAAAAGCUACAAAAAAAAAAUAGAAAGAGCAAAAUAGAUGUUCCAGAUUUAGCUGAUAUUUUAGAAAAGAUUCCUAUUCCAACAAUGUGGAACACUCUUCCAUUUCAAUUACCAAAAUGGAUAAUAAGUUCCAUAAUAGCUAUACCUUUUACUAUUCGUCUCAUCUUUCAACUCUUGAAAGAGAGGAAAGAAAAGAAAAAACAAGAGGAAGAAGAGGCACUAGCACAAGAGAAUGAACAGCCUGAACCAGAAAUAACAUCGCGUAGUAUUAGGAAACGUAGGUCUGGUUUUACACCGCAAGAAAGAAGCGGUAAUAAUUCUAAGGAACCUGUAAAGAAAGAGGAUUGCGAUUACACGAAUCAUGUCUAUGAGAAGCCAACGGUAGCUGGUGGCUUGUGGACUGAUAAUGAUAUACUAGAAUUGAUAAAAUACGUGAAGAAAUAUCCUGGUGGAACUCCAGAACGAUGGGAGAAAAUCGCGAGUGUUAUGAAUCGUACCGUUGCAGAAGUUACGCAUAUGGCUAAGAAGGUGAAAGAGGAAGGUUUAAAGCCUGCUGAAUCAGUGGAAGAAGUUUUUGCGGAAGAAAAACCGAAGAAGAUCAAGACCCGCAGUGAAAAUACAGUCAGCACUGCUGAGUGGAGUCAAGAACAGCAAAGGGCAUUAGAAGCGGCUCUAACGAAAUAUCCCAAAGGUACAUCUAUAGAUAGAUGGGAAAAAAUUGCAAAUUGUGUCGAGGGGAAAACAAAGGAAGAAUGCCAAGUACGCUAUAAACAAUUGGUGGAAUUAGUGAAAAAGAAGCAGCAAUUUCAAUAGUUUUUGUAUAGAAUUCCGUUUUCUCGAAAAUGUACUUUGUACCGUCGAGCCAAAAAAUAGUAUUACUGAACAAUACCAUAAGUGUGAAAGUGAAAAAAAGUGAUAUUUCCUGAUUAUAAAAAAUAUCAGUUCGUCUAGAAAAUCAUAAAUUUCCUACAAAUUCUUUUAUACAAAUGGUGCGUCGACUGUGUUAUAUGUAAUAUGAAUAUGCGUCCUUGAAAAAACUCGGUUAUUAUAAAAAAAUCAGAAUGAAUUUAAGAAAAGAAAGAAUAAAUUAAAUAGAGAAAUCCUUCCUAUGUCAUCUUAUAUUAAAUGUUAUCGAGAAUGUAUUUAUUUAAUAAAUUUAAUAAUUAAUUAAGAGGGGAAAGA